AUGGGCCGGAUUGUAGCUGGAGUUGGCAUGUCGCAUGCGCCAGGAGCCAUUGGCUUCCCAGAGACUGCGCAGCCCGACGCUCGCGAGCGCACCGAGAAAGCCAGCAAGGCACUCGGCAAGACGCUGAGCGACGCAAAGCCCGAUGUGAUUUUUGCCUUUCUUGACGAUCACUUUGAAAACUUUUAUCGAAACCACAUGCCCACGAUUGCCGUCUCCGUUGCCGACUUUCACGAAGGCCCAGCAGAUCAAUGGAUGGAACCACUACGCAUCAAGACCAAGACUAGGUUUCCCGGCAGCCCCGAGACUGCUGAACAUCUCAUUACGUCUCUGGUCGGCCAGGGGUUUGACGUUUCGCGUACGGGCCCCGUCGAGUAUGGCAACAACCUGCUCAUGCCGUGGAUUCUGAUGGAGGCCGACCUCCCCAGCAACGUGGCCAUUGUGCCCAUCUUUCUCAAUGUGUUUACGCCGCCGUUGAUGAAGUACAGCCGUGCUUAUGCGCUGGGUGAGGCCUGUCGCGUAGCAGCCGAGUCUCUGCCUGGCGAUAUGCGCGUCGCAUUUCUCUGCACAGGUGGUCUCUCACACUGGCCACCGUAUUGGAGUCCUACUCAGGCAGGCGAUCCACCCGAAGACAAGUUCCUGGCCCUCAUGAAGGAGUAUCAAACGGUAGGCAAGAGUGUGCUGGAGCGAGUGCCCGACCUGUUUGUCCAGUUUGACGAUUACGAGGUGGAAAUGGCCAAGAAGAAUGAAUACCCGCUCAACAGCAAACACCCACUGGUAAAUGCCGAAUGGGAUCAAUUAUUCAUGGACAAGAUUUGUGGCGGCGAUACGACCUGGCUCAAGGGACUUACCUAUGAAGAGGUUGAGGAAGAGGCCGGUCAUGGCGGCCACGAGGUGCUAAACUGGGUGGCCUUGAGUGGAGCCAUGAGCGGCAAAAAGGCAAAGCUGGUACUUUAUGAAGCUGUAAUCGAGUGGAUUUGUGGCAUGUCCUACGUUGACUGGGAGGUCAAGGAGUAG